AUGGCAAAAAACUGGACAUUCUCUGCCAUCAAAAAGCGGAGUUCACUUCCCCCCAAACCUGGGUUGGAAAUCCACAUCACGAAGGAAGUAACAGUGGAGGCGGAUGAUGGCGCUGAGGUUCUAACGACCUCCAAGAACACUGAGUUGUGGGCAGAAGCGAUGCUGCGGCCCGAGCGCCUCCCAAGCGAAACGGCUGAACAGGCCGUACCGCAGAGGAAAAACCCAACAGGUGAUAACGGUCGUGAUUUGUUUCAGCCGUUAUCUCCACAUCGAGAUUUCCCCACGACGCGGCGGCGUGCUUUUGGAAUGCCAAUAAGCAAGCAGCGCUUGAUCUCUAUCACAGAAUGCUCGUCAACCUCCGAGUCUGGGAAAACUCUUCCCCGAAAUCAUUUCUUAUAUGGUACCGAGUCUUCCGGAUAUCUGGCCAGUUAUGGUGGUGUUGGUGCCCAAUCGAUGCUUCGUCUGUGGAGAAGCGUGUACGCUACUUCACCCUGGUCACAGACGCGGGUCGACAUAUUCGGGGUGUCAUCUUACAUGAUCUUUGGGGAUAUCGGUGAAUGUACAUCUCGUCCUGAGUACCUCUCAAUCUUCGCCGAGUAUGGAAGCAUCACAGAGGCUUCUUCAUCCCAAUCUUCCCCGGUGCUCUACUCUUGUGUACCACGCGCUCAUUCCGCUCAUCUGUUCUCUGGGAAGCUAAAAGCUUUAAAAACACUUGUGGUUACGCUCAUACUGGCCGGGGAUCCUCACAGUGCGAUUUUGGUGAUCAUGACCCGGGGUGCCCUCGACUUAAUGGUUCGGUGCACGAGUGUACAGUGGAGCCAACUCCGUCGGGUGUUUUGUCUUAUGGCCCAGCUCGAGAAUCUUGAGCUUGAGUCGCCCUCUGCCAUCGGAAUCACUCCUGAAGCACUGGAAAAAUGUGUCAUCCACCCUGGUCUCGGUUCGAGUCGCUCAGCUGCGUUUUUUGCGUUCUUCCAACUCGUGAAUUACAACAUAUACACCUAG